CACACUGUCACACAUACACACUGUCACACACACAAACACACAUACACACUGUCACACACACUCACACAAAGUACACAGGCAAACAUACAUAUCCACACAAACACACUUUCACACGUACAAACACACACACCUUCAGCAGCAAAUGAGUUAAAUCAGCUUGUGUAAAAUGGGAAUUUCUUACGUGCAGUUUCAUAAUAGGAAACUGUCUCCGGCAAGAGUAUAGUUAAUGGGAGGGGGUGCAGGAUGCAGUGACGUCAACUAGGGGCUUGGCUCGGAUGGGAGUCAUCACUCAAAGGACCACAUUGUGAAAGAGAGUCAGAAAAAAAGCCGGGCAUUGCUGAGAGACCAGAGAGAGAGGAGUAGAAAAGAAAAAUAUAUUACAGAAUAAGAAAGUUUAUAUUACUAUUUAUUGUAAACUUAAAUAUUAAUUUACAGUGUUCAAGUCAUGAUAGCAUCUCACUUACUAGCAUACUUUUUCACAGAACUCAACCAUGACCAGGUGCAAAAGGUUGACAAAUACCUUUAUCACAUGCGCCUGUCUGAUGAUACCCUCAUGGAGGUGUCAAAUCGUUUUGGGAAGCAGAUGGAGAUGGGACUUGGAGCUGAGACCAACCCAACUGCUUGUGUGAAGAUGCUUCCCACAUUUGUACGAUCCACCCCAGAUGGGACAGAAAAUGGAGAUUUCUUGGCUCUGGAUUUAGGAGGAACAAAUUUUCGAGUGCUGCGUGUCAAGGUUUGUGACAAUGGAAUGAAGAAAGUUGAAAUGGAGAAUCAGAUAUACGCCAUACCUGAGGAUAUGAUGAGAGGUAGCGGAGUGCAGCUGUUUGACCACAUUGCUGAAUGUCUGGCCAGCUUUAUGGAUAAAUUGAACAUCAAGGACAAGAAACUUCCCCUGGGAUUUACAUUUUCCUUUCCUUGCCAUCAGACAAAGCUGGAUGAGAGCAUCCUGGUGAACUGGACCAAAGGUUUUAAGGCCUGUGGAGUGGAGGGAAAAGAUGUUGUAACCCUGUUACGUAGUGCGAUUAAGAGACGUGGGGAUUUUGAUAUUGACAUUGUAGCCGUGGUUAAUGACACAGUGGGGACAAUGAUGACAUGUGGAUAUGACGACCAUAACUGUGAAAUUGGACUUAUUGUUGGUACAGGAACCAAUGCAUGUUAUAUGGAAGACAUGCGCCACCUUGACCUUGUAGAGGGAGACGAGGGGCGGAUGUGUGUGAAUAUGGAAUGGGGAGCCUUUGGAGAUGAUGGGUGCCUAGAAGACAUUAGAACCCCAUUUGACCGGGAAAUUGACAUGGGGUCAUUAAAUCCAGGCAAGCAGCUGUUUGAGAAGAUGAUCAGUGGGAUGUACAUGGGAGAGCUGGUUAGACUUAUCCUGGUCAAGAUGGCUAAAGAAGACCUGCUAUUUGAAGGCAGAAUCACGGCUGACCUACUGACCAGGGGCCAUUUUGAGACUGGAUUUGUCUCUGCCAUUGAGAAAGACAAAGAAGGGAUACAGAAAGCACAUGAAAUUUUGACCAAACUGGGUUUGGAGCCAUCCCAUGAGGACUGUGUUGCCACACACCGCAUCUGUCAGAUUGUGUCCAUGCGCUCUGCUAAUCUCUGUGGGGCCACCCUUGCUGCGGUGCUGAGGCGUAUUAAGGAGAACAAGGGAGUGGAGAGACUUCGGACCUCAGUAGGAGUAGACGGAUCAGUUUACAAGAAACAUCCACAUUUUGCCAGACUUCUGCAAAAGACUGUUCGCCGCCUAGUGCCAGACUGUGAUGUUAGAUUCCUGCGCUCAGAGGAUGGCAGUGGAAAAGGUGCAGCAAUGGUGACGGCUGUAGCCUAUCGUUUAGCAGACCAGCAGCAUGAACGGGAAACAAUUCUUGACUCCUUAAAACUUAACAAUGUGCAGUUACUGGAGAUAAAGAAAAUAAUGAGGACUGAGAUGGAGAGAGGGCUAAAGUCAGAAAGCCAUGAAAGUGCCACAGUCAAGAUGUUACCAACCUAUGUAAGGGCCACCCCUGAUGGCACAGAGAGGGGAGACUUCCUGGCGUUGGACCUUGGAGGCACUAAUUUCCGUGUGCUAUUGGUUCGUGUUCGUAAUGGCAUGAGACGUGGAGUAGAAAUGCACAACAAGAUUUAUGCCAUUCCUCAAGACGUCAUGCAGGGCACUGGAGAAGAGCUUUUUGAUCACAUUGUUCAAUGCAUUUCGGAUUUCCUGGAAUACAUGGGUAUGAAAGGAAUACGCUUGCCUUUGGGAUUCACCUUUUCUUUCCCCUGCCAUCAGAACAGCCUUGAUGAGGGAAUUCUCUUGAAGUGGACAAAAGGAUUCAAGGCGUCAGGCUGUGAAGGAGAAGAUGUAGUGAAUCUGCUGAAGGAAGCUAUCCAUAGACGAGAAGAGUUUGAUCUAGAUGUAGUUGCUGUUGUGAAUGAUACAGUAGGCACAAUGAUGACCUGCGGCUAUGAAGACCCUCACUGUGAAGUGGGACUUAUUGUUGGAACUGGCAGCAAUGCUUGUUACAUGGAGGAGAUGAGGAAUGUGGAGCUGGUGGAAGGUCAGGAGGGUAGGAUGUGCAUCAAUAUGGAAUGGGGCGCGUUUGGGGACAAUGAUUGCUUGGAAGACUUCCGCACAGAGUUUGACAGAGCUGUUGAUGAGCUGUCCUUAAAUUCUGGAAAACAGAGGUUUGAGAAGAUGAUCAGUGGCAUGUACCUAGGGGAAAUCGUUAGAAAUGUUCUGAUAGACUUCACCAAAAGAGGUCUUCUCUUCCGUGGGAAGAUUUCUGAAAGGUUGAAAACAAGGGGUAUCUUUGAAACCAAAUUCCUGUCUCAGAUUGAAAGUGACCGCCUUGCAUUGCUUCAGGUCCGCUCAAUCCUUCAGCACUUGGGUCUGAACAGCACAUGUGAUGACAGUAUCAUCGUGAAGGAAGUGUGUACGGUAGUGGCUCGGAGAGCUGGUCAAUUAUGUGGAGCUGGUGUGGCUGCAGUGGUAGAUAAGAUUCGCGAAAACAGAAAACUCGACACCAUGAAAAUUACUGUAGGAGUGGAUGGGACCCUCUAUAAACUUCACCCACAUUUCUCUUCUGUAAUGCAUCAGACUGUGAAAGAACUUUCUCCAAAAUGCAACGUGACAUUUGUUCAGUCAGAAGACGGAAGCGGUAAAGGAGCAGCUUUGAUUACAGCAGUGGCAUGUAGGAUUCGUGAAGCAGGCCAACGCUAGGAUGGAGACAUUUACAAGGGUUUAUUUGUGUGCAUUCCUCUACUAAGACUUGUUCUGACCAUUCUCAACCAUAGACUCUGGUGCACUGGCCAGAGAGGCAAAUUCUACCAAUCCAUCUCCUGCUCCCUAUAGACAGCCUACCACCAAGAAUCCUGCUUGUAGAUGAAGAAUAUUUUACCAACACUUUCCAUUUGCACCUGGUGUUUUUAUGUAAAUAGGUCAAUAUUAUUUUAUUAUGGUUUUAUAGGACCAUUGUUGGGAAAUAAAAUGUUACAGACUCUUGUUGCUAAUGCUCGUGGCUAGAGUUAGAUGCUGAUGCAUUGCUGCAAAGGUACUAUUAAGGCUUUUUAGAAAGCUGUUUGGAUAGUGGAGAAGAUGCUCUUUUGACCUGGCACAAAAAUAGUUUACUGCUUAACAAAAUAAUAUUUUCUUUGACUAAUAUUUGGAAUGCUAUUGUAUGUUUGCAAAUGUGUGAAAAUGUCAGGAGUGGUACUGUUUUUUUCAAGGAACGAGAUUUUAAAACACUAUUGAUCCAUCUGAGCUGAAAAUGUUUUUAGUGUUUCUAACAUAACAGGCUGUCCCUACCAGUUGGAUAUCCUUGAGUUAGCAGAGACACAUAUUUUAAAAUGUUUAGACCUAAAAUGAGUACACUCCAUAUUUUUAUCUGUUUAAUAAUCCUAUUUUAUUUUUCAAAUGUAUUUAAGAAAAAUGCAUAUAAAUUAUGCAAUAUCCUUAAAGGCCGAAUACCAAUAUUUUUCCACUGAGAAAGUUGAAUAUUUUUUUUUACAAAAUUUAAAAUGACUCAGAAAUAUGUAGAAAAUAAAUAGCAUCUAUUUUAUUACAUAAAUUUAAGAUAUAGUAAUGUAAUCGUAUUGAAAAUAUUUAUGUAAUGUUUUUCUGUUAGACUGUAACAUAUUCUAUGCGAUGUAUUAGUGAAUUUUCUGUUUAUUUAAGUGAAAGAUCCUGUUCAGCAUAUUUUUCUAGGAAGCAAACAUGUAAGAGAUGUUCUGUUUUUAUUUAUUUUAGUUUUAUUUAAAAUUGCUUUUAGAAGAACUGUUAAAUUGUAGCUUGUUGGAGAAAUUAUUUAAAUGUAAAAUGGAGAUUAUUGAGUGGGGGUAAUUAUAUCCUGUAACACUUGAAGGCUUAACCAAAUCAGAGGAUUUAAUAACAGAGGAUUUUGCUUUCAGCGUAAACUAACAGAAGAGAGUGCAGUGGCUUUUUGAAGCAUAAACAUAUGGAGGCAAUGUUAAAAAUUCCUCUGUGUGAGAUUAAACCAUAUGGAGCCUGAUGAUCUAGUUUACACAUUUUAUUAUUUCAGAAUAGGAAUAGUGUAUUAUUUUAAUCUAAAUUCAUUAUUAGGUAGAAUGUGUUUACAGUGCAUGAUGGGAUAUUUAGACCAGAGCAUUUCAUAAUAUUUUCUUGCUGCUAUUAAGAUGUGUAUGACUGCCAAAGAAUAUUCUAUUCAUAUACAAGGAUACAUAGAUUUAUGUAUCAAGUAGAUUAAUACAUUUCUAGAGUAUAAUACAGAAAAAGACGUAUUGGAGAUAUACAUAAUCAGACAUGAUUAACAAACAGGCACGUCACCUAAGUACUUAUUACAUAUGAUCAUAAAUCUGUGAUUACAAUAUAGCUUCAUAAAUAUUUUUGUUUUGUAACAAGUAUUGACGCUAUAAUGAAUUGACUAUAUUUGGUUAAAGUGUAUUUGUUAAACAAACUGAAUAUUAAUGGUACUAGUGGGAAUGAGGACUGGAACGGUAUGUGACCAAAUGGAUAAGAAAGGUAAAACAAUGAACUAAUGGUUAUUGUUUCCUACUAGUGAAGAGGAGAGAAGAGAGCUAUUGGAUAGGUUAUUAAACAUUGUUUACUAAAUAUGCUUAAUUUACACACAUGCACAGGCAUACCCACAUACAUUCAUAUUAUUAGGUAUUUAUAUGUACCCAAUGCAUGAAUAAGGAGAAUGGCAUACCAUGAAUCAAUGUCCAUAUAUAAUUAUAUGUAAAUAAUAUAUGAUGGUGGGUGUACAUAAAUACUGUAAAUAAAUUCAUUAAGAUCUGUAUGCAACUUCAUUAGAAUUGCUGUCUGUUUUUGUGAUUAUACCAGCAUGUCUCAUUUUCUGCAGUACCACAGACUGACUUAUAUUUGAUGGUCACAUUCCACACAUUAUCAUGGGGCAGUCUUUUUGGGAAUUUCUUAGCACGCUUCCAUUUAAUGCACUGUAUCUAUGUUUCUCAAAAGAAGGUCUUUUGUUUCAUGUACAUAUAAAAUGUGUGUUUAUUUAUAUUUGCUGUUUAUUUGCUUUAUAUACAUUGUAACUUAAUAAAGAUGCAGAUUGCUUUGUAGAAAGAUUAAA